GUUGCCCGGCGACGCGCGCCCGGGCCCGGAGCAGCAGCAGCAGCAGCAGCAGCAGCCGCCGCAGCCAUGGCCGCGGGAGGCCCCGACGAGAAAACUUACCGCCGCUUCUUGGAGCUGUUCCUGGGGGAGUUCCCGGGGCCCCAGCCCCAGCCGCCCGAGGAGCGGCGGGAGGAGCAGCGGGAGGAGCCGGAGGAGGAGGAGGAGGAGGCGGCGGCCGGCCGGCACGACGGAGGCGGCGACCCGCAGGCUCAGGAGGGCCACCGGGAAGAAGGGGAGAAGGGGGACCAACGAGGAGGAGGAGGAGAAGAAGAAGAAGAAGAAGAGCGGGAGGAGGAGGAGGAGGACCAGGAGCAGGCGGCGGGUCCGGAGCAUCCGCCCUCGGCCCGUCCGCAGCCGGCGCCGCCCCUGCCGCCCCUGCCGCCCCUGCCCCCGCUCCCGCGCCCGCUGUCGGACCGCAUCACCCCGGAGGAGGUGGAGGGCGAGAGCCUGGACCUCUGCCUGCAGCAGCUCUACAAAUAUAACUGCCCUUCAUUUCUGGCUGCCGCCUUGGCCAGAGCGACGUCAGAUGAAGUCCUUCAGAGUGAUCUUUCGGUGCACUACAUCCCAAAGGAAACAGACGGGGCCGAAGGGACCGUUGAGAUCGAGACCGUGAAACUGGCCCGUUCCGUCUUCAGCAAACUCCACGAGAUCUGUUGCAGCUGGGUGAAAGACUUCCCUCUCCGCAGGAAACCCCGGCUCUACUACGAGACGUCCAUCCACGCCAUCAAGAACAUGCGCCGGAAAAUGGAGGACAAGCACGUCUGCAUUCCGGACUUUAACAUGCUCUUCAACUUAGAGGACCAAGAGGAACAGGCUUACUUCGCGGUGUUCGACGGGCACGGAGGCGUGGACGCCGCCAUCUACGCCUCCAUUCACUUGCACGUGAACAUGGUGCGCCAAGAGAUGUUCCCCCACGACCCGGCCGAGGCCCUCUGCCGCGCCUUCCGGGUGACGGACGAGCGGUUUGUGCAGAAGGCCGCCAGGGAGAGCCUGCGCUGCGGGACUACGGGGGUGGUGACCUUCAUCCGCGGCAACAUGCUGCACGUGGCCUGGCUGGGCGAUUCCCAGGUCAUGCUCGUGAGGAAAGGCCAAGCCGUGGAGCUCAUGAAGCCUCACAAGCCCGACAGAGAGGACGAGAAGCAGCGGAUCGAGGCCCUGGGCGGCUGUGUGGUCUGGUUCGGGGCCUGGCGCGUUAACGGGAGCCUGUCGGUCUCCAGAGCGAUUGGGGACGCCGAGCACAAGCCAUACAUCUGUGGAGACGCGGACUCCGCCUCCACGGUCCUGGACGGGUCCGAAGACUACCUCAUCCUGGCCUGCGACGGCUUCUACGACACCGUGAACCCCGACGAGGCGGUGAAGGUGGUGGCGGACCACCUGAAGGAGAACAACGGCGACAGCAGCAUGGUGGCCCACAAGCUGGUGGCCUCGGCGCGGGACGCCGGCUCGAGCGACAACAUCACGGUGAUCGUGGUCUUCCUGAGGGACAUGAACACCGCCGUCCACGUCGGCCAGGAGUCCGACUGGACAGAGAACUCGUUCCGGGGGGGGCAGGAAGACGGCGGGGACGACAAGGAGAACCACGGAGACUGCAAGCGCCCGUGGCCUCAGCACCAGUGCUCGGCCCCGGCGGACCUCGGCUACGACGGGCGGGUGGACUCGUUCACCGAUCGAACUAGCCUGAGCUCGGGUCCCGAGAUCGGCGCCCUCCAGGACCCGGGCUACCUCGACCUCGCCGAAGCGGACCCCGGCCGACCGCCGGGUGCCGGUUGGGGACCGGCCGCGGAGGCGUCCGGGCCCGGAGGGCCCGAGGUGGCGGUCUGGGCCGACGUCGCGACCAAGGCGGAAGAACCCGGCAGCCUGGCGGCGGACGGACGGAGUGGAGGCCGGGAGCGUCCGGCUUGUUUCACCUUGGAUCCCGCGGGGCGGCCCGGCCUCCGCCCGGAGAAUCCGUUUCCGGUCUGGUCGGGGCCGGAGGGUGGACGGUUCGAGCCCGGGGAGAGGAGAGGGCGUCACUACGAUUACACCAGGAGGCGGCACGGUUUCAGGGUCAAGCCAAAGUCUCAUUCCUUCCUCUUUGCCCGAGAGCCUCCCCACGGGGCGGGCAGCGGCCGGGCUCCGCUGGGCCCAGCCGGGCGGAGAAGCAGGUUGCUGCCGAGGCCGUCUCUGGGGUGGAGGCCCGACGGUUGCCAAAGUUACAGUGGGAACGUGCUGAUGAUGCUGAGGAAGAGUGACUGUAUACCUUACCCCAACUUGCCCUGGAGCUGUCAAAUCUAGCACUUCUUUAAAGUAGAUUAGCCACACAAACCCCCCCCCUUUAAGCCCCAAGAGCAACGACACCCGCCCGUCUGACUAGCGAGGUGGCCGUAUCAGAACCAUCGUGUGUUUCGUAUUAGGAUUCCCUGUAAGGCUCUUCUCUGUAAAUAGCUGUCUAGAAAUGUAGACUAGUGUAUCAGUCCCAGGGGGAAAUACCGGUGACUCCACUACUUAAAUUAACACUCGGUGUACUCCCACACCUCUAGCCAUCCUUAACGCGUACCCCUCCCUCCCUCCCCCCCAUCUCCUCACAUCACUAGUAGAUACUGCUCAGCUGGCUCCUUUGACAAGAUGCGGUUAGGAAACAGUUUUAGAUAGUCGAUGCAGCUGAGCGAACAGUCCAGAUAGUCCUGAAAUGUCUUUGGAGCCAUAUUCUUGGAGAUUCUUAAUUCCAGCUGCCAAACUGGGUGGAGAAAAGGGGUCCCAAAAAGCCUGGGUGCGCUUCUGGGCUUUAACUUCGGGUUUUCGUUACCGUAAUGAACCAUCUCUAGGAAAAGACUCACUUUUUAGGUAAGAGAUGAGAAACGUAAGGAGUCAGGAAGUACGGAAGACUGUGGCCGUGUCAGAUUGAAGCGUGUCGUCCGAAGAGGUCAGUGGUUGAUUUUUUCCCAUAACCGAAGAGGCUGGAUAGGGGACCGGCUGAUGUAGUAAAGUGAUUCCCUCUCACUCUAGUUUACUCGGGGCUUCUUAUCCUUUUUUUGGUGCUCAUCAGGGAAUCGCUCAUCACCACCGUUGUCCUGAGCGACUGGUUUAACCUAACACGAAGCUGCCGGUCUUUCAGCCAGCUCUUGUCAGUAGUGGGGCCUUCGUCUCGGUGGAGCGAACGGGAACCGGCUGCCGGGGAGGCUGUCCAGGUAUAAGCGCGGUCGUGUCUAUUGGACGUUUUUAAAAUCCCUUAUUUCCCAUCAGUUAAAAAAGGAAUUUGGUUUUCUAAGUUUACAAAGAGCGGGAGGCGCGAUUGUUCUCCAGCGCGACCCUUGAUUUUAGGGGCAUUAGAGCGCUUGAGCUUUGUGAGGUUGCUCUCAGUCAGUGGAACGAGGACUCUCGAGCCGUAAGGGUGGGAGGUUAAGGGCUGAAGAACGGGUGAAUGUAGAGGAUGAGUUGCUUGGUGGGGUGCAGAAUGCAGAGUCCCCCCAAUCUGCUCUCGUGAGACGUGCUGACUUCUCAAUCUGAUCCUUGGGAAAAAGUAGACACCUAGGUAUUUUUCACGUAGUCUUCGGAUUGAAGCUCUUUUUGUGUUUUCACACUAGGAUAAAACUGUCAGGAUAAUGAAAGGAAAGAAUUAAGAGUCUAACACGGCAGUAUUAUCCGGCCAGCAAAACACUCACUAACUCGUGCCUAGACUCCCAAUUUGUGUAGUGUCAUUUGUUAAUCGUGGAUGUAAGAUGUAAAUCCCGAGAACCGCUGGAGCAAUGAGUGAUCGGUGGUGUUAACGGUGUACUACUUUGAUUUCCGGGGAGAUUCCUUUGGAUUCUAACUAGUGAUUUCUGCUGCUUGAGAACUGAAGACUUGCAUCUUCUGCUGCGAUUGAGGCUUGUUCUUUUGGUAGAUCUUUGAAAGCAAUCGGAUGCAGUGUUGAAAAGCUGGGAGCCAAAUGGGUUCCAAAUGCAGUAUUAGGUUCCUUUAAUGAUUCUUUUUCCUGCUUUGGUAUUGUAUACAUCCUUAGGGACCUGGUGGAUCUUACCUCUGUCUUUUUUCCCCCCAAAGCCUUGAGCCGCUGUUUAACCAGCUUGCAGGUGAAGAGUGUCUGUUUCCAGUAAGAUUAGCUAAGGAAACUUGAGGAACCAUGGGGCAGAGGUAAUGGGGCCUCGCCCACCCCAACCCCAAUUUUUACACUUCGACAAGCAAACCCGAAGUAGGUGGUGUGACGGUAUCAGUCUUUCUCACUGAGAGAUGAGGUAAGUGCAAAUCUCAGCUCGAAAAGAAACAGGCAGCCAUGGAGAGAGGAACUGGAGAAUGGCUUUUUCUGCAGGAAUGGGUUGCCUGGCCCGGGGCCUAUCCCUGCCCAUCACAUCUUUAAGGGUGUGGUUUUCAAAAUCGGUCUUCUAAGACACAUCAUGCCACCUCUCAGCCCUAUCCCUGUGGCAUAUGAAUUCACCAGUAGUUCCAGGGUGGCCACAGUCUAAACUGAUACUAGUUUUUAAGGAGAGAGAGAAAAAAGACAGAAAAAGCAUUCUUUUCUUCAUCACGAGCAUAUAGAAUAGUUAGGUACCAUUUGUAAGGUAAGUCCUUUAAAAAUCCUAUAAUAUUAUAGUAGUGGUUUUUGGUCUGAUAUGCUGCUCUGGGUUGUACACACUAGACAAAAAGCAGUGCUUUGUGAACCGCAGUGUUUUACCUUCAUGCCGCUGGUGAUAGGAAGUAGUCUUCUUCAGUUGAAACUCCUGUGCCCUUAUCUGCUGCUUGCUGAAGUAAGCAAUAAAUCCUCCUCUAACGGUAUUUAAGCAUUUCUGUAUCUCGUACCCUCCGAUGGUGAGUCUGGUGCCAGUGUUAAACAUUGUAGACAGAUAUCAAAGUAAUCUAUAGGACGUAUUUAUUAACUUACUGCUGAGGCUUAGUCCGUGAACCGUGUGUUGUAUUUUUAGUCACUGUGUAACUACGUGGUGGUGAUGGUGGUGGUGAUGUUGUUUGAAUAAGCAAUCCUUAAAGAGCUGCAGUAUCCCCUUUUCACCCCAACACCAAUCUGCCUCGGUUUCAGUGGAUCGGCUUCACGGGUCAGGGAAAGGAAGGAGCUAGGAAAAGAGAAGAAAGGGGGUGGUUUGGGAAGUGGACUUCAGGCCUCCAGCUUCAAGUUUUCAAAAAAAAAAACCCAAGAAAACUCGCUUCUAAGCUCCUCACUGUGAGUUUUAAAGGGAUUCAAUUCCCCACUUACUGUUUUUCUGCAUUUGCUUUGGAAAUGUGCAAUUUAGGCCACAGGACAGCACCACAGCGUAGUGCUGUUGACCCCCACUUUGACUUUUACACUAAAAAGGUGGGUGGAAACACACACACACACACACACACACACAUACAUACAUGUAAAUAAUUUUUCUUUACCUACAAGUGCCAUCCAUUGUCCUUGCAAAUAAGGAAACUACAUUCCUGCCCUUGGCCCACCGAGCAGUCUCACCUGCCUAAUUCAGCUCAAUGUGACCCUUUCUCCGAGGACAGUGUCAAAACUUGAGUUUUAACUUUUACCACAUUUAUAGUGGUUACGUUGUCAGCACCGCAUUUUCAUGAAAACCCCACUUCACUGUUGGAACGCUGGGUGUCAGUGAAAAGUGCAUGGGCAGAUAAAUAUGGUGCAUUAAAAAUUUUUUUUCAGUAUUUUUAGGUAGGUGUAACUGCUGCUAUAGUUCUAAUACCCCCCCUCCCACGACACACACACCCACCACCCCAGGCUGGCUGUAGCUCAAGAAAGAUUGAUUUAAAUUACUGGUUGUGGUUUAGCACAGACUUGUCCGCUCAUCUGCCGCCCUCACUUUGACCAGGCCAUAAAAAAAAAAAGGGGAUACUUCAGCUUUGCUCAUGCCUAUAAUUUAGGCCAAUCUUUCCUUGAAACCUGGCGCCAGGAAAAAAAAAAAAAAGGCAAAAAAAAAUAGCAUUUCCUCCCUCGUCUCGUGUGUGAUAGGCAGUGCGCGGGGGGCCGGCCCACCCUCGUUUCUAGCUUGUGGAAACUUAAAAUACUUUUCAGUGGGGUUGGUCGGUCGGGCUCCAACAACCACAACAAACAAGCCUAUCAGCUGCCGCUAUUAUAACAGAAGAAGUAUUUUCCAUGAAAAAAAAAAAGAAUUUAGUUGAAAAGGAUUCUUCACGUUGCUCAAGUUUUCCCAUAACUACAUUUAGCUGCCAACGGUUGGACUGUUAACUUGGCCAGAGAGAGAGAAAACCGGAAUCGGGAGAGAGAAGCCCGGUUAGCAGGCUGUCUUUCGUUAGGACUCUUCAAAAUGGGUUUUGGAGCUGGGUUAGCUGUCUGCGGGGUGAGCUUCAAGUCUUAUACUGGGUGCUCUUGGUGAGAGAGACAUGCUGUAUUCUCUUGUUCAUGACAUUUCUCUGCAAUGAAUUCUCUGUGAAGUGAAUCAUUUGAAGCCAAUCCUUUCCUACAGAGUCUAUGGAAUUUCUCCAUUCGCGAACCUGCUCUACAGCUCGCCCGCGGGCUGAGUUGUAACCAUGUAUUCACCCGUGUUUUAUUUUAAAAUAGUUCAUUCAGGUAAGAACUAUGUUGAAACUCUGCCAGUAUCUUAAUAAAACACAGCAAUUAAAAAGUC